CUGCUAAGCACACUGUAGGCGGUUGAUUGUAAGUGAAAGUGUAAAUAUUUGCUGUUGUGUUGAAACAUCAGUCGCAGCUGUUAUUGUUUGUUUGUGUCUAGUUUGGACUAAAACUACAUAAAGAACAGAGCCUAUCGAUUAUUGUAAUCUGCUGCCCGCUGUGAUGGAGCACAUUCAAGGGGCCUGGAAAAGCAUCAGUCAUGGGUUUGGAGGCAAAGACUCUGUAUUUGAGGAUUCCUGCAUGUCUCCCACCAUUCUCAAGAACUACCCAUACCGGAGAUUAUCAGAUGAUGGGAGAAUACCAGACUCUAAAACAAGCAGCACAAUCCGCGUCUACCUGCCUAACAAACAGCGCACAGUGGUGAAUGUGCGACCAGGCAUGACGCUGCACAACUGCCUCGUCAAAGCCCUGAAAGUCCGUGGACUUCAGCCAGAAUGUUGUGCUGUGUUCAAGCUGCACCCAGAAAAUACCAAAAACAGAAAGUCACGUAUGGAUUGGAACACAGAUUCUACCUCACUGGUCGGGGAGGAGCUCCUGGUUGAAGUCUUAGAUCACGUACCCCUGACUACGCACAAUUUUGUACGAAAAACGUUUUUGAAGUUGGCCUUCUGUGACAUUUGUCAGAAGUUUCUUUUGCACGGCUUCAGGUGUCAGACGUGCGGCUACAAAUUUCACGAACAUUGCAGCACCAAAGUGCCCACCAUGUGUGUGGACUGGAGCAACAUCCGCCAGCUUCUGCUGUUUCCCACUCCAGGAGAGAAUGGGACUCCAUCCCUCCCGCCUCUCUCCUCUCGCCGUAUGCAAAACUCUAGAUUCCCUUUCAGUCCAUAUCAUAGAUACUCAACGCCAAAUGCUUUCAACUACAUCACGCCUAUGCCGUCCCCUGGGGUUUCUCUUAGUCACAAUAAAGUGCUGUCCACAUCCACACCUAAUGUACAUAUGGGGAGCACCACCCAACCUGUUGAUGAAGCUGCUUAUCAGGAAGCCUUAGGAGGUAAUGAAUCAGGAAGUCCUCAAAACCUAAGCCCAACGGAGUGGUCCAAAACCCCGGCCCCAGCUCAUAAGGAGAAAGCAACUACAGUUAACACUCAGGAGAAAAACAGAAUUCGUCCUCGAGAAAAGCGAGAUUCCAGCUACUACUGGGAGAUUGAGAGCACUGAGGUGUAUUUCCUCUCUAGGAUUGGCUCAGGGUCUUUUGGCACAGUUUACAAAGGGAAAUGGCAUGGUGAUGUUGCUGUUAAGAUUUUAAAUGUCAGAAAUCCCACACCAGAGCAGUUUCAGGCCUUUCGCAACGAAGUGGCUGUUCUCAGAAAGACCAGGCAUGUCAAUAUCGUUUUGUUCAUGGGUUACAUGACCAAGGAAAAUCUGGCCAUUGUGACGCAGUGGUGUGAGGGCAGCAGCCUCUACAAACAUCUACAUGUGCAGGAGACAAACUUCCAGAUGUUUCAGCUCAUCGACAUCGCCAGACAGACAGCUCAGGGCAUGGAUUACUUACAUGCAAAGAAUAUCAUCCAUCGGGACAUGAAGUCAAACAAUAUUUUCCUACAUGAAGGAUUGACAGUGAAGAUUGGAGAUUUUGGACUGGCAACAGUUAAAGCCAGGUGGAGCGGAUCACAUCGAGUAGAGCAACCAUCUGGAUCAAUUCUGUGGAUGGCUCCUGAGGUAAUCCGGAUGGAGAAUAACGAUCCUUACAGUUUUCAGUCAGAUGUGUAUUCGUAUGGAAUUGUUCUGUAUGAGCUGAUGACGGGAGAAUUGCCUUAUUCUAUGAUUGGAGAUCGAGAUCAGAUCAUCUUUAUGGUGGGCAGGGGCUACUUAACCCCAGAUCUCAGUAAACUUUACAAGAGCUGUCCCAAAGCCAUGAAGAGACUUGUGGCUGACUGCAUCCAGAAGUCCAAAGACGACAGGCCAUUAUUUCCACAGAUUCUUUCUUCAAUAGAGCUGCUACAGCACUCCCUUCCCAAAAUAAACCGCAGCGCAUCAGAGCCUUCGCUCCACAGAGCCUCGCACACCGAAGACAUCAACGUCUUCACGCUAGCGCUCACAUCUGCCUUCAAGUGAAACCCAGCUGCUCGCUUCAGCUAAACACAAGCUAGAAACACAGACUCCAACAUAUUUAAGCUAUGAACGGACGCUCCGUGGACUUUAACACCCGGGUGGCCUCUGAAAUCUUUUAUUUUUUGACCAGUGAAACAUGCUGGAGGUAAUAGGUUAUACUUAAGAGAGCUAGUCAUCCAGGUCAAAGGCUGACUUUUGAUGCUGCUGCUGGUCUCUUUUCUGGACUGUUGGACUUCGUUGUACCCCAGGAUCCAUUCGGAGAGGGAACGGCCAACAGCACUUUAAUGGUUCACACUUUGAUCCGUUUCGUCCAUUCAUAUCAUGUAGAUUAAGCCUUAAACCCCAUUCAUCAGACAUAUUAUCAUAAAAAGACCUUCUUCAGCUUUUAUGGGAUUUCAUGACACAAUUAUACAAUCAGUUAUACAGAGUGUGAUAUGAGUGACACCACAAUGUAGCAUGUUGUAUAUUUUUCUUAUGUGCCAGUACUGCUAAUGGCCACAUGUUUGUUGUCAACAUUGUGUUUUUUGUUGUUGUUGUUGUUUUUUAAUCAGACAACAUUUAAAGGCCUCCUUAGCACAGGGUAUGGGGAGCACUUUAUGAUCAUGUCAUCUCUUUGAGUUUGUACCUGUACAGAAGUCAAAGAAAAGUGGGUAUUAACUUUAUUAUGAAACUUACUAGGGAUUCAUAUAUUUUUGGCUUGUUAUUGCUUGUCAUUGAGAAUUAACUUGUAAACAGAUCGUUUAUCCAUUGUAUUUUAAUAAAAUUAAGUUAAAUACAA